AUGACCCUACCGAAGGUGUUGGUUCUGCUGAUGUUGAUCUCAUGCCCUCUGACCUGCGUAGAUAUCAAUGAAUGCACCUCUGGUUCGCAUAGCUGCCAUUCUAGAGCCCGUUGUACCAACACAGUUGGAAGCUACACCUGUGCCUGUUAUACUGGCUACACUGGAGAUGGAAUGUCCUGCUUUGAUAUUGAUGAGUGUCAAGUAGGACGCAACAACUGCCCGACAACGCACGCUGUGUGCACCAACACAGAUGGGAGUUACACUUGUUCAUGUGAUACUGGCUUCUUAGGGAAUGGAAGGACUUACUGCAAUGAUAUCAACGAAUGUACAUCGGGUUCACAUAGCUGUCAUACCAAUGCUGGAUGUACCAACACAGUUGGAAGCUACACGUGCGCCUGCAACACUGGCUACAGUGGCGAUGGAAGGACUUGCACAGAUAUCAAUGAAUGUGCUGCAAAUACAGACAACUGCCACACCCAAGCCCAGUGUGCUAAUACAGUUGGAAGCUACACGUGCGCCUGUAAUGCUGGCUUCAGUGGUGAUGGAAGGACUUGCACAGAUAUCAAUGAAUGUGCUGCAAAUACUGACAACUGCCACACUCAAUCCCAGUGUACCAAUACAGUUGGAAGCUACACGUGCGCCUGUAAUGCUGGCUUCAGUGGUGAUGCAAAGACAGCAUAA